AUGGGUCCAAAACCAGGGUCGGACAUGAAGAUGAACGCGAUGAGGUCAGGGAUAGUGAUUCUAGGAGCGCUUGCAUUCGGCUACUUGAACAUUCAAAUCGGUUUCAAGCCUUAUCUCGAGCAAGCUCAGAAUCGGAACGCGCUCUACCAAUCUGACCCUUCUCAAGAAAAAUCGGACUAUGCGUCUGGUGUUUUGCCUUUGUGCUCUAUUCAGAUUCGUAGAGAAUCUUUGGAUUUCAUGAACAUAGAGCAUUCACCAAACAUUAUUGUGGCGUUGUGCAUUGGCAAUCCUCUGUGUGGAUUGUGGAUGGCAUACUUUGAACGCACAGAAGCCAAAUCAAGAGUUGAUGGAAGAAAGGGAGAAUGGUGUCAACCAUCUAUAAUUGGCAUCUCCAUCAGUAUAAGGUCAGUUUCUCCUUCCCUACCUGAGUGA